AGGGGUGCAAUGAUGCGUUGAUGGAUGGCUCGAGCGCAAUUUCGGUAGGUAGCGUAUUUCGAGCCAUAUCGUGACGUGUGUUUCAUAUCAACAUACGUCGGGAACUCGCUUAUAUUUGUACCCCACUGCGGCAGCAUAGAUGUCGUACUAGUAACUAGCCUCUCAGGUGGCGAGUGUCGUGAUGUUCGUAUCAUGCCGUGUGAUAGUUCAGUCAUUUAGCAUCACCAUGCAUAAAGACUCGACGGUAUGCAGUGGAGUACUGGAUGAGCCGAGCUCCCUCCACUUCCCUUUCACGACUUUGCCAUGUUACUUCGAUCCUCUUUCUUCCUUUUCUUUGCUUCAUGUGCAUGCGCCCUAUGGAUCCCAAUCAGGCGGCAGAGUGCCCCUACGACAGUCGUCAUUCGUAAUCCGCAGGCGGACGCGAAGAUCAAUUUCUCGGAUAUAGCGAACGAGAUGUAUUCGGCCACCAUAUAUGUGAAUGGUCACCCGUACCAGGUUCAGGUCGACUCUGGUAGUUCAGACCUGUGGAUCAAUGCCGACGGUAUUGAUCUUCCUGGAAUUCAUUACACGGAUCUCGAAUCGAAUACUGUAUAUGGUGAUGGCAGCUCGGCAGGAGGAGAGAUUGUCCUUGGGAAUGUAACAUUCGGCGAGUUCACUGUGGUGAACCAAGCAUUGGUUCUCGCGCCGGGCAGCAAUGCCACUGGCGGAGGCCUAGUGCAAGGUCUCCUUGGUGUCGGCCCAUACGAUGGCUCCAAAAUCUACCAGACACUGAAUGGCACCGCUUACAACGGGCAGAACUUCCUCACCAACGUAUUUAACUUGGUUCCGGACGAGUCUCCCUUCAUGACAUUCCUGUUGUCUCGGACCAACACGGGGGUCACGGAGGGUGGUGUUAUGUCCAUUGGCGAGUUGGUCAGCAACCUCACGCACAUCACGAAGGCGCCCAAGCUUCCCCUCCUUUCGCAACGCGGUUGGCUGACCGCCUCGGACGGCGUGCUCGUGAAUGGCAAGCAUCAUCCGGCGUACACCACGUCAAAUGCCGCUGGGAACCAGAGCCUCGCCUUGAUCGAUACCGGAACGACUGUUGGUACGAUUCCAAGAGCCGUAGUGGAUUUCAUGUACAAAGACAUCGCCGGGGCGAUGUGGAGUGACGACUACAACACCUACACGCUUCCCUGCCAAUCGAAAGUGAACAUCAGCUUCGUCUUCGGUGGUGUCACUUACCCCAUUCAUCCCAUCGACGCCGUAUUGGCUGAUAUCGGUGACAACGGUAUGGUGACAUGUGUGGCGGCAUUUGAACCUGCGGACGAUGGACUCAUGGUCCUCGGCGAUACGUUCAUGCGCAACGUGUAUACAUUGUUUAACUUCGGUGAUCAGGUAACACAACGCGGGGGUGACGAGCCGGCGCACAUCCAGAUGCUCAGCAUCACCGACCCAGACGCAGCCUGGAGCGAGUUCCACCUGUUGAACGCCAGACGCAUCGCUGAGCUGGAAUUCGACAAGUUCGCGAAGGAGUUCCAGGUCGCGACCUCUACCGCGCUGUCCGCAUCUCCUACUGCGAGUCAGUAUACCCUGGUCGGGCACAACAGCAAAGUAGCCACGACCGCAUAUGCGACGUCGACGCCGGCCCCUCUCGUCGUGCAGAAUUCGCGCAGGAAUCACUACUUCGGUUAAAAUCGGUUAACACUCGCAGUCUGUGGACUAACAGCGAUCACCAUCGGCCCGCAGCUGGUCGUAGAUAGGCCUGUGACUCCCCAGGGCCAUUGUCAUGUCUGGGGUGGCACGCUCUUCCAUCUAUGCCUCGUUGAGCGCGCGUGUCGUAUGUGAUCCUGCUUCUGGCAGUCAUUGUGAAGCUCGUGGCAUUAGUAUGAUUAUGAUUGACGACAGUUAUGACUAG